AUAAGAUUCGCUCAAGUGUUUGGCGGCAUGUUUUUUGUUGCCGCUCACGCGCCCGCCUCUAGCGCGUGCAAAAGGAGUGCACGGCAGCAGGCGUUUUCAUUUUCGCAUAUGCGAGCCAACGAGCCAACGACGACGACCCAUGCCGUCGCUUUUCAGUUUCACUACAUUUUCCAGCUUUUCAGUUUCAGUUUUCAGUCGAGCAAAGAAACUCGAACGCAACGGACGCGUGCGAUGUGCAACAACAACAACAGCAAGCAAUAAAAUAUUACGACAACGUGAAAUAAAAAGAAAACACACACACAAAAUAUCGCAAAUAUUUAAAAGAAAACUUCGCGACACCUUCGUGUUGUUGUCGAUUCUCUCGUCUGCUUUUUUUUCUCUCACUCUCUCCAUCCCCCUUCUCACCUCUUCUUCUACUCUGCGCAUAAUAUAAUUGAUUUCGAAUAAUUCGUUUGUUUUGGCAAAAAGGAGGAAAAUUGUGCCGUGUUUGCCGUGUACGCGAGCGCGUGUAUGUGUGUGUGUGUGUGUGUUGACGUUGAAGUUACGUCAAGGCGACAACAGCAGCAACAACAACAACAAGAGCAGGAAGCACAACAACAAUAGCAGAAGCAGCAACAAUAGAAGCAAGGAGGCCGCAACUUUGCUUUAAAAAGGAAACCACAGAAGUCGCCAAAAAAUUAAGCAAACGUUGCCAACAGAUUUUGCCGCCGCCGCUGCCCGUCUUCAAAACCGUCACCGCUACCGCCUACACCACCGCCACCACCACCACCACCAGCACCACAGCAACCAGCUCGACAACACCGACCGACCGCCAGUUGCAACAACUGGAGGAGCUGAACUGUUGUUGUUGCCAUUAGCGAUAGUUUUUCCCUCCAUUUAGUUUUUUUGCUCAGCCGGCAACGCGGCGGUUUCGGCUUCGUUUACGGUUUCGUCCGUAUCUCCUGACCCCCCGCCCUCCCACUCAUUUGUUUUUGUUGGGGUUGUUUCAUUCCUACGGUUGCUGUUGUUGUUGUAAUUGUUAUAUAUUUUUUUUGCAAGUCGUGCACGCGCGCUUAUGUAAAGUGUAAUAUGGAAGCAUGUCUUCCACUUCCAGCUCCGUGGUAACGCUGUCAUCGUUCAAUCUAUUGUUUUUCACCCAAGUGCUCACGGUGCUCAGCUCCACCAUCAAGUACAACGAAUACGCGACGGAUAAGGGCGGCAAUGUUAGCAUACCGUGCAUAGCGCAAGGCAAUGUCAUGUGGGUGAAGGAGCAUGGCAGCAACAGCACCAUUGUGCAGACUGGGCGCGUUUUGCUGCUUCGCAAUGUAAGCACCUAUGAUGCUGGAAUCUAUGUGUGCUUUGCAAGAACAACAACCACAACAACAACAACAACAGUAGCAACCACAAUCAUUGCAAAAACUGCAACCACCACAUAUGAUAGCGACAGAAACAACAACAACAACAACAACAGCCGCAGCAGCAACAACAAUAAUAAUACUACUAUAAUAACGCAUGCCAUUGAAACUACCUCAUUGCCUGCCACGAAGCCAGAAGAAAAGCAUAAAGAAGGCCAAGCUGCCAAGUUGCCUACGUCUGAACCAGAUGUGGUUUCGGAAACAGAAACGACACCGAGGCCGGAAUCUGAAGAGGAAGAGCUGGAGUAUCAGGCCUAUCAGCGGACUCUGUUGCGUGUCCGCACAACACCUGGUCCGGUAACGCAGCUCUAUUUCAAGGCCUCCACCAUAUUGGGAUUUCUUAUCUGGCGCUUCAAUAAGACACAAUCGGGUGGCUAUCCGGUGCGCAGCUUUACCGCCGAGUUCCGUAAUGUGUCGUACACUGUGCCGCCGCAUAACGCCAGCUACGAGCAUGCCUGGAGUCGCAUGGAUCCCAUCAAUAUUGCACCCAAUGUGCGUCAAAUGGAAGUCUACCGACUGGCCCCAAAUACCACCUAUGAGUUUCGCAUAUGGGCCAACAAUGAGCUGGGUAGUGGUGAGGUGGUCACCACCAAUGUGACAACAUUGCCAGAGACCAAAGAGGAGGAUCUCAUACGCCUUAUAAAACCCGAUUUAGAUAAUUUCGAUCCACGCAUUUGGAUAGUCGCCGUCAGUAUAGUGCUUGGAACACUUGUGAUAUUAGCCAUUGGACUCUGUAUUGUGCUCACCAAGGAGUGCUAUCAAUCAACGCAAAUGGAACUCCAAGAUGGUUGGGACAGCAUUGAGCUUAUACCGAAUAUUAUACUUAAUCCCGGUUUCAGUGAAUCUGAUGGAGCCGAUGGUGUGCCCACGUUCACGCGCACCAUUAUCUUCGGCGAUGACGACGAGGAUGUGGAUGAUGAGGAGGACUCUGAGGAACAGGAGCCCACAAUGGAGAAAUUUAAGCGUAAAGUUUCGGUAUUUUUUACAGGUCCCACCAUCAAACGUAUUUGAAAGUACAAAAAGUGCAAUAUCCCAUACCCUUACCCUAUUUCAAUUAGAGGAAAGCAACUCUAUAAGUGUCUGGUUGUCAGUCAGUUAUGUAGUUAUGUUGUGAGUUAAAAAGCUUCGGUUAAAACGCUAUGUAUGGGCCAUACUUUGAUUUCGGUUUCAUGCAUAGACGCCACUCGUUAAAUGCGCCUGCUUUGACUUUACAAGUAAUCCCCUAGCAUUAACACAAUAAAAUUCUAAAAUAGUAUACAUACACGUACUACCUAUAUGCCUACGAUAAUACAUUUCAUUUGCUAACGAUUACUGUAUAAAAACAAACUGAUCUGCUUAUGAGGAUGAGCCCGAAGUGCGCUUCAUGACUAGAGAGAGAGCAUUACGCCAACUACUUGUAUUUACACGCGAACGAACUAUACAACUUAUACUUGGACACGUAGUAUAUAGGAGGCGUCCCCAACAGUCAACAAGAGGAAUGUAAUACUAAGAAUUUGACAUGCCUUUCAAUUGUGUAAAUCCUAACUACAUAGUAUUUACUUACCAUAUACAAGUAUCUACAUAAGUUUCAAUUUGUAUUUGUCCGAAGAGUACUGCAAUGAAAGAAUUCGAUUUGUCACGAUACUGUCGCUCUGUGUGCUAAUUUUGAAUUAUACAAUUCGAAAUUUUUGUUUGUGCGCUCUCCCGAUUUCCCGUUCAUCGAGAUAUUUACCUCCCUCAGCUAGAAAAAAAAUAAAAACAAAAUACCAUACAUGAUCUCAUACAAUGUUGCUCACAAAUUUGAAACACACACUUAGACACACACACACUCACACACAAUUGUUAAAGAAAUUAUAUAAAUAAAUAAAAAAAAUUAUUGCUGUGAUAAAAAUUCAAUUGAAAA